AGCUAGUAGCUUUGAAGAAUUGAGGAGAGGAAUAAAACAAAUAUGGCUUGCCUAAUGGAAAGAUUGGCUCGUGUAUGCAUAGUCUUCUGUUGUUAUAAAAUUCCCCAGUUAUAAAAACCACAACCACCUCUGCUUCUAGUUAUCAGAAGAAACACCUGCUCUGUGUGUGUGUCUCUCUCUCUCUUCUCCCCAUCCCUCCUCCCAUACAGCCUCUUCUUUCUCUCUCUCUCUCCUCCCCAUUAUUUGUGCUAUAAAAUCACAAAAAUGAGUAGUUUAGACUUCAAAAAUCUCACAUUAAUGCUACUCACUGUUACACUCCUUUGGUCUACAAAUUUUGAUAUAUGCAAUGCUAGAAGAGACAGACAUUGGAGACAUAGUAGACCUCUUUCAGCAUCAUUACUAAAGAAAAAAAGUAAAAGUCAUGGAUAUCACAGCCCCAAUCACCACCACAGCAGUAAGCCAAAAUCAAAACCGCAUUCUCCACCAAAGCCGAGUCCGGGAAAAGAUACACCGUCACCAUUGCCUCUGCCAGUUCACAAAGCUCCAUACCAUAAAGGGUCGCCUCCUAAAACUAAGUCCCCACCAAAUCCUACACCAAUAGUGGAAGUUCCGUCACCCGAACCAGAGACAGGUUCCAGCAUUUUCAGUGUGCUAAAUUAUGGAGCAAAGGGUGAUGGUACUACAGAUGACACGAAGGCGUUCGAAGCUGCGUGGGCAGCGGCUUGUAAAGUUCAAUCAUCAACGAUGUUGAUUCCAUCAGGAUAUCAGUUCCUUGUGGGACCCAUUUCAUUCUCUGGUCCUUACUGCCAACGAAACAUUAUAUUUCAGCUUGACGGGACUAUCACUGCUCCAACAAGUCCUAAUGCUUGGAAAGCUAAUCUGAUGUGGUGGAUGGACUUCACCAAGCUGGUAGGACUUACCAUACAGGGGAAGGGCGUAAUCGAUGGAAGUGGCUCUGUUUGGUGGACUGACGCUCCAUAUGAUGAUCCAGAAAAAGAUCAUGAAUUGCAAAUUAUAAACCCAUUAAAUGACACGGUCUUAAAAAGGCCCCCAAUGCCGGAGAGAAAUGAGCUCAGUGGAAAAAUGCCUAGUAACAAGCCAACGGCACUAAGAUUUUAUGGCAGCAUUAAUGUGACAGUCACAGGGAUCAGAAUUCAGAACAGUCCUCAAUGUCAUCUGAAGUUCGACAAUUGCGAUGGAGUCUUGGUUUAUUCUUUUAGUGUCUCGUCACCAGGUGACAGUCCUAAUACUGAUGGAAUCCACCUCCAAAAUUCCAAAGAUGUGCUCAUUCACUCUAGCAGCCUUGCUUGUGGUGAUGAUUGUAUAUCCAUACAAACAGGAUGUUCGAAUGUAUACAUCCACAGUGUAAAUUGUGGACCUGGACAUGGCAUUAGUAUUGGAAGUCUUGGAAAAUUUAACACUAAAGCCUGUGUCUCGAAUGUCACUGUCCGAGACGUAAACAUACAAGGCACAAUGACUGGAGUUCGCAUAAAGACAUGGCAGGGUGGUUCGGGAUCCGUGCAAGGCGUAUCAUUUUCAAACAUUCAAGUUAGUGAAGUUCAGCUUCCAAUUGUAAUCGACCAAUAUUAUUGUGACAAAAGCACAUGCAAGAAUCAAACAACAGCGGUUGCUGUAUCAGGUGUCACAUAUCAAAAUAUAAAAGGCACAUACACAGUAAAGCCUGUACAUUUGGCAUGCAGUGAUGAGCUACCAUGCACAGACAUAUCAUUAAAUACCAUACAAUUAAAGCCACUAAAAACACGUUAUCACUUGUACGAUCCAUACUGCUGGCAAUCGUUUGGUGAGCUUAUGGCUCCGAUUGUCCCUCCACUUGGUUGUUUACAAAUAGGAAAGCCAUUGAAGAAUAGGGUUCAGACUGAUUAUGAUAUAUGUUGAGGACAUCAUAGCUGCUCUUAAAGUUUUCCAAUUUUCCUUUUGUGGUCGGUCAGAUGAUUGUUUGUUCUGACCCUUUUCACACUAUUGGCUAGAUAGCUGAAGAGUAUAUAACUAUAUAGAUUAAAUUUAGUAGGUUAGAACCCUACUUAGUAGGGCUAUAUCAGUUACAUUCCAGUGUGAUUAUAACUUACCAGGAAUUGUCAUUUUAUUUGGGCAUUAUCCCAGUGUAAGAUAUUA